AUGAAUGAUAAUGCCCCUGCAGUAAUUAGGAUGCAACAACCAGGAUCAGAACUCAAUAUUUCUGCCUGCGAUAUUGGUCCUGAUGGCUCUGUAUGGAAAAUAUCAUCAACCGGAUUUUUGUUUCAUAAUGAUAUUCAAUUCUCAGAUGUUCAAGUUCCAAAUCCAGCAGUACUCAAAAGAUUCGCGCUCUCAGACGAUGGAACGAAAAUAUUAAUAUUUUCGGACUGUUCAGUUUUUAUUUUCGAUAUAAAUAACAAAGAUUUAAUUAAUUUCACAGACUAUAUAGAUGAUAUACAAUCUACCAUUGAUAUUCAGUGGUCGGUACUUGGAAAAAACAGUCUCAUCGUUCUAGAAAGCAAAGGUUCGAUUUAUUAUAUUGAUCUUAAAGGAAAUACAAGUACAUAUAUGAGCAUUAACUCUCCAUUAUGCUUUUCUACAUGCUCAGACCAUAACUCUUGGUCGAUGUUUUCCGUAAUUGUUGGAACUUCUUAUCAAGAGCUUCAAAUCAUCAGCCCAUACUUCCCGCCAUCUUUUAGACUUACAAGCGAUGACUACAAUGCAUUAAUGAAACAAAUACCAGCAGAAGACGUUGAAAUAAUUUCAAACAGAUUUAAGGAAGAUAAUGGCGAAUACGUGACUAAUGACUUCGGAAUGCCAUCGGAAACUAUACCCGUGGACUGCCAUUUUGAUUCAACCAUUAGUUCUGUUGUUAUUUUGGAUAAAUUGUUAUAUGUGUCUCUCGAAAAUGGCGAAACUUUCAUUUAUGACUACCCACAGAUUCUCCCUGCAUCACGUCGCGAUGAAGUUAAGCUGAAUCUCAGAAAGACAAUGAAAAUUAAUUCAAAUUCACGUUUAUAUAAAAAAGGACACGCAAUUUACGAGAGGAACGAUAACAAAUACACAAAAAUACAGCUUACAGCGCCAGAUGACGUAAACUCCAGAAUGGAAGUGAUCAAAGCUCAAAAAGUGAAGCUCCAAGAGAGACAGGAUGGUGUCGCAAGGCGUAGAAAGGCUCUGAAGUCUUAUCCAGGACCAUCGCUUGAAGUAAUGAGAGCGAAAUUACUGGAAUAUCAGCAAUCCCUCGACGAUCCGCCUUUGAAGGAUGAUCAGGUGAAGGAAUAUCACUCCCUUCAGAAUGUGUUGAAUCAGCUCAAAGAUUUGAGAACUCAAGUUUCCAAUAGAAAUUAA